AUGCAUUGGGCAGUUCUACCGCUUCUAGCGGUCCUUGCGGCACUUGUGCAGGCGCAGGACUUUAUGUCGUUUCUACAGCCUUUUCUUGGAGGUGCCGGUGGUGCUGGAGGCGGUAAUCCGUUUGGCGCGAUAGCUUCAAACCCGCAAAUCGGGGGGUUGAUUCAGCAAUUCGCCGGUGGUGCAGCCUCGAAUUUAUUUGCACCGAAACGUCCUCCUGCAGGACCGCGAGCACCAGCUAGACCUGGACCAGCUCGUCCAGCUCCUAUUCCAACCGAUGAGGACUAUAACACAGAUCUUGCAAAUCCAGCUCCAAAGCCUCGUGCUCGUGCAUCACCUUCAGCUCCACAAGCGGAUUCGCCACGAGCGCGCAAAAUCGAGAGAUUCCGCAACAUCGCGAGGACGUUUUCGCCUUUCUUCUUCAAUGAGCAGGAGCAGCAACAGCAACAGCAACAGCAACCUGUAACUCCAGCACCUCAAUUCCAGAACAUUUUCUUCAAUCCGGAAACACCUGCACCAUUUACAUUCGCACCAUUUUCAUUACCUACCAUCUCUACCCUUGAACCAGGCCCAACUCUAGCGCCAUUCAAACCGACCACGGCCAGCCCUCAACUUCUAGCCCAUAACACAGCGCGAAUGAUUCGCGAGAUAGCUACAUUCUCCGAUGGCGGUAGAUCAAGGGAUCAAGAUUUCGGAGCGGUUCAAACUUUGAUGCAGGCAUUCUUCGAGGCAAUGGCUUCAAAUAACAAUGCAGCUGGAGCUGCUGGGGCUUCUGCGUUGAGUGAUGCGCCAGUAGAUUUGAGACCGAGAGCGGAUGGAACCGAGUUGGGAGCAAAUCGGCAACUCACAAACAAGCUGUUCGAGUCCGAUAUGGUGUUGACAGUACCACAAAUGAAAGCAGUUGUUUUAGCGGCUCAAGAAGCACGCAAUCCUUAUGGACGUCGUCGUAAGCGUAAGGUGAUUACCGGAUCUGUGUACAGGUGGAAAGGAGUGAUCCCGUACCGAUUCAAAGGAGGAGAUCCAAAAUGGAAGCAGCUCAUUCGUGAGGGUUUGAGCCUUUGGGAGAAAGAGACAUGCGUGAGGUGGCAAGAGAAUGGCCCCGGCAAGGAUUAUGUGAUUUUUUUCCGCGGCUCCGGUUGCUAUUCUUCCGUUGGGCGUACAGGAGGAUCGCAGCUUAUUUCGAUUGGCUAUGGUUGUGAAGAUAAAGGAAUUGUUGCUCAUGAAGUUGGCCAUUCUUUGGGCUUUUGGCAUGAACAAUCUCGUCCGGAUCGCGACCAAUAUAUCCAUCUUCGUAAAGAGUGGCUUAUUAAAGGAACUGAUGGAAACUUUGAGAAAAGAAGUUGGGAGGAAAUCGAAGAUAUGGGUGUGCCUUAUGACAUUGGAAGUGUUAUGCACUAUGGUUCAAACGCUUUUACGAAAGAUUGGGAUCAAAUUACAAUUGAAACCUUGGACAAACGCUAUCAAGCAACAAUUGGACAACGUGCGAAGUUGUCUUUCAUUGACGUUAAACAAGUCAAUCGGCUUUAUUGUAAUUCGGUUUGCCAGAAGAAUUUGCCAUGCCAACACGGAGGAUACCCGGAUCCGCAUAAUUGUGCAAAAUGCAAGUGUCCUGAUGGCCUGGGAGGAGCACAUUGCGAACGGGUACAAAUUGGAACCGAUCAUCCAAAGUGUGGCGGAGAACUAGUAGCAACCGAUGAAUGGCAAGAGAUGAACUAUCGAGGCAAACGAACAUGCAAUUGGAGGAUCAAUGCGCCAAAAGGAAGGGUCCGAUUGGUGAUCACCGAGAUCAGAUACCAAUGUGCUUCAUCAUGCAAGGCUUAUAUCGAAGUUAAGCACAAUUCCGAUUUCCAGCAAACCGGAUUCCGUGUCUGCUGUUUUGACAAAACCUAUGACGUCAUAUCUGAUCAAUCCGAGGCUAUUUUGCUAUCAAACGCGAACCAUGUGGAUUACGAGGUCUCCUACAAACUGCAGUACAUCCGAGACAACGGAAAACCACUGCCGAAACCGAAGCCAACUUCCACCUGGGUGCCCGGCAAAGAAAAUCGGCCGUUCCGUGGAAUCGAGACCGGCGGAAGCGGUGGCGGUCAAACAAUCGAGAAGUUCAUUCUCAAUGCUCUUCCCAAAAUUCGAGACCCACGUCGACCACUCGAGAGUGUUGCAAGCAUCGUCGGCGAAUAUGGUCUCGCUACGCUGUUCGGCAUCGCCCACAACGUUGGCCAAGUGAGGCCAUUCGUUAAUGCGAUUCCAAUUCCCGGUAGGAAUGUCCCGAUUCUGCGUCUCUUCGAAAACUAUGCUGCGUCGUGUCGACCAAAGGAGAAGAAGGAUUUCAGUAUUGAUCAAUUAGCUUCACUUCUGCAAUCGCUUCAAAUGGAUGAGGUUGCUUCAAAAGUUUACAAUUCGUUGUUUUUUUCAAUGGCAGAUAUGCAAAUCGAGAAAUUCAUGGGUCGUUGGUAUACGGUAGUCGACUCAAAGAAGGUUCAUCCCGAGAACUGUUCAAUUUUCUUCUUUGAUAUGCUCGCUCAAACCCCUUACACUGCCACUUUUACGUCCAAACAAUAUUCAUUCUAUAAUGGGAAUACUGUAACCAAUGAAGGUUACGGUAGCAUGAGUGGUACUGAACCUGGAGCGGUUCUUAUUACUACAGGUCAUCCAAGCGACCAAUGUCCAUAUUUUCCUGUAAAAAUCGGAGGUUUGAAUUCCACAGGAGAUUAUGAGUAUAUGAUCUUGAGUACACCUCUAAAGUAUCCAACGAUGGUCUUGACGCGAGAUAUGUCAAUGUUCCAUGAGAAAUAUUCGCAAGAAGUAUACGAUUUCGUCGAAAAGUAUGGCUUUAUGAGUCCAUUGGCAGCUCUCAACACUCGUCUGCAUUUUGUCGACGUCGACGUUUGCAAGGAUGCCAAUCAAUUGUAUCGAGAUGCUUCCAUUUAA